GCCGAGCGGAAGGUGAGUGCCCGCUGCCGUCGUCCCGCGUGCAACUUUGAGUGCGCGCCCUGGGGGGGGGGUGCGGCAUGCCGACCUUGGACAAGCAGAAUCUGCUGGAGAGCACGCGUGGAGCCCGGUCUUACUUAGGAUCUCUGUGGAAGAGUGAGGCUGGCUGGACCCCUCCUGUGGACCUGCCUGCCGUUGAGCUGGCUGUCCAGAGCAACCAUUAUUGCCAUGCCCAGAAGGAUUCUGCCAGUCACCCUGACCCCAAGAAGCAGAGUGCCCGGCGCAAGCUCUAUGUGGCCUCUGCCAUCUGCCUGGUGUUCAUGAUUGGAGAAAUCAUUGGUGGGUAUCUGGCUCACAGCCUGGCCAUCAUGACCGACGCAGCCCACCUGCUCACCGAUUUUGCCAGCAUGCUCAUCAGCCUCUUCUCCCUCUGGGUGUCUUCCCGACCGGCCACCAAGACCAUGAACUUCGGCUGGCAGCGAGCUGAGAUCCUUGGAGCCUUGCUGUCUGUCCUGUCCAUCUGGGUGGUCACUGGCGUGCUCGUGUACCUGGCUGUGCAGCGAUUGAUUUCUGGAGAUUAUGAGAUCGAAGGGGCCACCAUGCUGAUCACGUCGGGCUGCGCCGUGGCUGUGAACAUCAUAAUGGGCUUGUCCCUCUAUCAGUCAGGACAUGGGCACAGCCAUGGACCUGGGCACAGCCACGGCCCUGGGCACAGCCACGAUGACCAAAGUCGAGGCGACAACAGCCAGCAGCAGAAUCCCAGCGUUCGAGCUGCCUUCAUCCAUGUGAUUGGGGACCUUCUGCAGAGCGUGGGGGUCUUGGUGGCAGCCUACAUCAUAUACUUCAAGCCGGAGUACAAGUACGUGGACCCCAUCUGCACCUUCCUCUUCUCCAUCCUGGUCUUGGGGACAACGUUGACCAUCCUGAGAGACGUGCUCUUGGUUCUCAUGGAAGGGACUCCCAAGGGCGUGGACUUCACGGCCGUGAGAAAUCUCCUGUUGUCCGUGGAUGGCGUGGAAGCCUUACACAGCCUGCACAUCUGGGCGCUGACGGUGGCCCAGCCAGUGCUGUCCGUCCACAUAGCAAUCGCUCAGAAUGCUGAUGCCCAGGCCGUGCUGAAGGUGGCUAGGGACCGUCUCCAGGGGAAGUUCAAUUUCCACACCAUAACCAUCCAAAUCGAGAGCUACUCUGAGGACAUGAAGAACUGCCAGGAGUGCCAAGGCCCCUCGGACUGACAGACGCUAGCCCACCGGAGGCACGGUCAGGACCUGUGGGUGGCACACUCAGUGUCCAGCUAGGACUGCAGGUUCAAGGCAUAGCCCAGCCCACUCAGUGGCACUCCCCUUGGCUUCUGUGAGCCCCCAGGAUGGGGACAAGGCAGACGAGGCCCUACUUCUUUUUCAGGGCUGUGUUUGGGCUCGAUCCUCAACUGACUACAUCCUACUGCAGCUGGAAAGACACCGAGGCACAGAAGAGGGGACUCGGGGUGUCCUGUAUGACACAGGGCCUCUGUGUCCUGAACAGAAAAUUGAACAAGAUAAAAUGUUAAUGGGAAGCCCUUUUGUAGGGUCAGUCUCAUCGAUAAAAUAAUUUUGAAGCGCACUCAGAAGGAAGGUCUGAAGGCAUUUUAUUAGAAUUGGGGAGGACAGACCAGGCAAGCUGUUAAUCUCAGCAGCUGUUGGGGAGAAGAGUGAGGGAGAAGGAAGAAAACCUUUUGAGUUAGGGUCAGCAGUGGCGUUCUGUAAACAACUGAAUGGCUAAGUGGGGGAAGGGGGUAGAGAAACAGAAAGCAUGAACACCCCUCUGCCACACACACACACACACACACACACACACACACGUAAAAUUUAAAGAUGAAAACGGAGGGCCUGGGGAAGAUGGCUCAGCGGUUAAGAACACUGGCUGCUCUUCCCGAGGACCCUGGUUCAAUUCCCAGGACCCACGUGGUAGCUCACAACUGUGUAACUCAUUCUGGUGGAUCUGACUCUGUCACACAGACACCAAAUGUUUAUAAAAAUAAUUUUUUUUUUUAAUGAAGAGAUAAAAAGGGGGAAAGGAGAAAUCAUGCUUUUGAAUUAGAAUUUGGGAAAACGAGCUAACUUAGCCGUUAAGGUGUCUUCUGUGUGGGGGCUGGGCCCCACAGAGCUGUAAGUACCCUGCUCAAGGAGAAUACUGCUUGCUCCUUUCAGUUCCUUAGCAUGUCUUUGGGUGACUACCAGGCCCAAUUGAAUGAACUCUAUAAAAAGUGGGGGGGGGGGGGUCUGGAACUCAGUUUCCAUUCUUCUGACCGGGAGGAAUUUGCUUCUAGGGGAGACUGGCCUCAAGGACAAGGCUCUACCCAGUGGGUCCCAGCAACUGCCUCUCAGACCUGCACAUUUGAGAGCAGAGCCCGUUUCUAUGACACGGCACACCGAGGCCAUGGGGCCUGAGUUCAUACGAAUCCCCGGAGAUGGGGGGGCCAAAGGGUACCUGAGGCUUUCCUGGGCCUUGGUUGCUUUGGCUGUGGUCCCCAUGUGACUUCCUGGAGGAGGAGUCCCUUUAGUUGUGAGGAACCUGCCUGCUUCCUUCCUGGUCCCCCAGCCCAGGGAGCUGUGUCAAGAGUAUCCAUGACCUUGACACAGGUAGCAGGGACAGAUUCUAGCCCCAAGGCCUGAGACUUCCCUUGACCUGACACUAUCCCAGGAGAUUGUAGCUCCUGUUCUGUUGCCGAGGUGACAGGACCUACUUUGAACCCAGGGCUGAGGACCCACACGGGCCCACAAGGACAGCUGUUCUCGAGGUAGAAGAAUCCUUAGAGCUGGCUUGAGGUCACGAGAUGCAAGAGGAAGAGAGGUGUCCGCAGCCUUACAGGGGUGACAGGCCUAGCUCUUAGGAAACCAGGGGCCAACGUGUCUGUUACUGUAGGCCGGUCCUUAAGGUUGUCACUGCUCAGUGCCUGUGACUCACACAGAGACCAGGAACUUCGUGACGCCUCCCCCACAGGACUGUGAAGACGGCCCAGCCUGCCACACACCUGCUGGUUGUGUAUUGGCCGUUUUGACCAGUGUCCUGGAAAAGGCUGUUGUGAAAGGCCAGGCAGGCAUCCCCACCGUCCUGCAUUGACUCAGAGGAAAGGCUGGGUGUUUGCCUCCCCCAGCACCAUCCCAUGCUUCAAAUAAAUGGCUAGCCGUUGUUGUAUGUGUA